AUGGCGGAGCAGGUCCCUGAAUUCAAACUUAUUUUGGUGGGCGAUGGGGGCGUCGGCAAAACCACGCUGGUGAAGCGCCACCUAACAGGUGAGUUCGAGAAGAAGUACAUUCCCACCUUGGGAGUGGAGGUGCGCCCUCUGCGAUUUUCGACAAACUUCGGACCCAUCGUCUUCAACGUCUGGGAUACUGCGGGACAGGAAAAAUUCGGGGGACUUCGCGACGGAUACUACAUCAAGGGUCAAUGUGCAAUAAUGAUGUUUGACGUGACAAGCCGCAUUACUUACAGAAACAUCCCAAAUUGGCAUAGAGAUAUUGUAAGGGUUUGCGAGAACAUCCCCAUCGUAUUGGUUGGCAACAAGGUUGAUGUGAAGGACCGUCAGGUGAAGGCCCGCGUGAUUCAGUUCCACAGGAAAAAGAAUCUGCAGUAUUACGACAUUAGCGCUCGCUCGAACUACAAUUUCGAGAAGCCCUUUCUCUGGCUGGCGAGGCGACUCACCAAUCAGGCAUCCCUCACGUUCACGGGUGAGCACGCCAAGGCUCCAGAGAUAAUGAUCGACCCUUCGUUGGUACUACAGGCGGAGAAAGAACUGCAAGAAGCCGUGAACACCGCAAUCGAGGAUGACGAUGAUGACCUCUAG